CGGGAUUUGAUUAGUUGUCAUGUUGUUCUUGUUCGGACAAGUGAUACCGAUUGACAGAUGUUCGGAUCGCUCCGGGGUUAAGAACAUGUGGACAACAACAAAGAAGAAAGGUAUAAAUACACCCUUUCAACAAGGACAAAUUCACGGCUAAGAUUCAAAACAACAAUUCCCCCUCAAUCAUAUGUACAUUCACUACACUCAGUAGUAAUGCUGAAAUCUACCAUGUUGGCAAUCACGGCAGGAAAGGAAGAUGGUAUCGCAAUAGUACGUAAAGAUAUACCAAUCCCAACUCCCAACUCCGGUCAAGUACUCGUUCGAAUCAUUUAUGCAGGUCAAAAUCCACCUGACGCAUAUGCACUUGACAAGCAACGUUCUGCAGCUUAUUUUGAUCCAGAUUUCAUCCUUGGAAGUGAUUUAUCUGGCAUCGUCGUCGAAUCAAAAAGUGACAACGUUCCAAUCGGAGCACGAAUUUGUGCUUGGGUUCCCGGUAACACAUCUGUGACUGGAGCAUAUGCGGAGUAUGUAGUAUGUGAUGCCGAAAUGGUCAUUUGCGUUCCAGCAAAUUUGUCUCUUCGUUUGGCAGCUGCUUUGCCAUUCUCAUUCUUUACCGCUUUGCAUGGCUUGCAAGUCGGCUUGGGCUUACAAAUGGACAAGAUGGACACUGAACGUACUCCCGUCUUGAUCUGGGGAGCAGGAACAGCUUGUGGUUAUUAUGCAAGUCAAUUGUUGCACUUGGCAGGAUAUGAAGUGAUUGCUGUAGCCGGUCAAAAGUCAAAAUAUCAACUUGAAGCAGUGGGGGUGAAUAAUUUCUACCCACGGGAUAAUCUUGAUCAAGCAAUCGAUAAAUCACUUGAUGCAUGUGUACGGUGCAUGAAGACAGAAGCUUCAGCUCAUAUACACACUUUGCUCCCAGCGCAACCUUCUGUCACCAAACUUGCAAAUUUGAAAAUCACCUUUGACUUAGUUCACACGAUGACGGGGAAAUCAUUACCGAUCCUAUCAAUGGUUCAACCGGCGCAUACAGCGGACCAUCUUGCUCUUCAUCACGAGAUAGCUGUCGAAUGGUCAAAAUACGAUAAAGGCUUGCUGUAUAAAAUGUUACAGAAGAACCAAAUAAAGAUACUUCCGAUCACUGUUUGGAGAGAGGAUGCACUAGCAAACUCAAACGUCAAAGAAAGGAUAGAAAGCAUAAAAGAAGCACUCGAAUUUGUCGCAAACGGUUCCGCUUUCCCGAACGGUAAGAUUGUACAUCAUAUUCAAGACAUUCAACAACGUAUAGAGCAUCUAUUAGGCGGACCUUAAUAUUGUAUUUGUAUCUUGAUAAUUUAACCACUUCUUUUCAUGAUGAUCAGAUCACGUGCGAGAGAGAGAUGAUUGCCAUACGCGGUGCGAGCAGUGCAUGCGCUAAUAAGUUGCACGAG